GCGAUGAGACAGAUCGCGACGUCGCCUCGUUCGGGUCAUCGGAAAGAAGUGCGCUCCGCAUCCAUCAUCAAAACGCAAAAGAAAAAAAUAGCGAGUCAAAUCGUUUUCUGGUCCAUUCUCGCUCGGAUUAGGAUCACAAUUCGCAGUAGUUUUACGGUUUUACUCCGCGGAGAUUGUUUUUUUAUUCGCGGCGUCGAAAACUUGUGAAAUGUGAAUGUGAUAUCGCUCGGAAUCGGAUUUGGGAGUGUGGGAUCGGAUCGAUCCUAACUGGCUGACGGCCUGAAAUACCUAAGAAAAAUAAGAUUUUUUUUCCUUUCCCGGGUGGAAAGAGGAAAGUGAACAGUGAAUUAAAGUAAAACGCAUUAGGAGGAUAUUGGCCGCGAAGAUCGUGUUCGAAUGAUUCGAGAGGAAAGAAUCCAUUUCCGACGUGUAAAGAGUGUGAUUUUUGUGUCAUUUUGCUGAUUAAUUUUCGUGUUGGUGGAAGAAGAUUGACGUUUUUUUCUUUUUGGUGUGGUGUGGUUCCUAAAUAAAAACAAAAACAAGAAGAAUCGAAGCAGCCAAAGAGGAGCGAGGAGAUAAUGUCGUCUUGGCCGACGAAAAUAAUAAAUUUGCUGUGCUAGUGUGGGCAGUAACAGUCACAGUCUCAAGCAGUAUCUCUAGUAUACUAGCGCCAGCCAGCAGCAUCGUCGUCGUCGUCUCCUCAUGCAUGAAAAGUGAGCGGGAGCAAAAUUCCUUACGAUUCGGAAAAACAACAACAAUAACAACCAGGACAGCACCGUGAGUCGGCGGCAACGGUAACAGCAUCCACCAAACGACGACCGUUGAUUGAAACGAAAGGAGAAGUUCAAGUCAGUUCUCAUCGCGCUCGCUAAUAGGGCAGCGUGUGUUUCGAAGUUCGGUGAAAGUGCACGGGUGCACACGCGAGAGCUUUGGAAUUAGCACGUUGUGGAAGUCGUCAUCGUCGGAAGCGAUACGACCGAAUAAACCUCAGACAUACCUCAGAAAUUGUGACUUUCCCAGUAACAAGGGCUGACUAGAGAAAGAGAGAUAGUGACUUGCACCAAAGUGUUACUCGACAAGAUAUCCGAUCAUAAUGUCUUCAUCGGACACCACUCAACCACCGGCUGUGCCGGUUACACAGCCAGCACGUGUCAUCCAGCCAUCUGCAGCGUUGAUCGUGAAGGAAGGCUGGCUGUACAAACGUGGCGAACACAUCAAGAACUGGCGCUCGCGUUACUUCAUUCUGCGCGACGAUGGAACACUCGUCGGGUACAAAAAUCGUCCAGAUGCAUCGUUCCAGGCUGAACCAUCGAACAACUUUACCGUACGAGGCUGCCAGAUUAUGUCCGUGGACAGACCACGGCCGUUUACCUUCAUCAUCCGAGGCCUACAAUGGACUACCGUAAUCGAACGCAUGUUCCAUGUGGAGGAAGAACGGGAACGCCAGGAGUGGGUAGAGGCAAUCCGCAGCGUUGCCAAUCGCCUCACGGAAGCCGAGGCCUAUCAGGGAUCCCAGUCGAAUGGGGACGGCGAUGUGGAGAUGGCCUCGAUUGCCGAGGACGAACUAUUGACGGAAAAGUUCUCGGUACAGGGCACGUCAACGGGCAAAAUCAGUGGCAGAAAGAAAGUGACGCUGGAGAAUUUCGAGUUCUUGAAAGUGCUCGGAAAGGGAACUUUCGGUAAAGUUAUCCUGUGUCGCGAGAAAACCACCGCCAAGUUGUAUGCUAUCAAGAUCCUGAAGAAGGAGGUCAUCGUACAAAAGGAUGAAGUCGCUCACACAAUGGCCGAGAAUCGCGUACUUAAAAAGACCAAUCAUCCUUUCCUGAUAUCAUUAAAGUAUUCCUUUCAAACGGUGGACCGGCUAUGCUUCGUUAUGCAAUACGUCAACGGUGGGGAAUUGUUUUUCCAUCUCAGUCGUGAGCGCGUUUUCUCGGAGGAUAGAACCAGAUUUUAUGGCGCAGAAAUUAUAUCGGCACUCGGCUAUCUACAUUCACACGAAAUCGUCUAUCGAGACUUGAAACUGGAGAAUCUCUUAUUGGAUAAGGACGGUCACAUCAAAAUAGCCGACUUCGGCCUCUGCAAGGAACAGAUCACCUACGGACGCACAACGAAGACCUUCUGCGGCACGCCGGAAUAUCUGGCGCCGGAGGUACUAGAAGACAACGAUUACGGUCUAGCGGUCGACUGGUGGGGAACGGGUGUGGUAAUGUACGAAAUGAUGUGCGGCCGGUUGCCAUUCUACAAUCGCGAUCACGACAUUCUGUUCACGCUGAUCCUGAUGGAAGAGGUUAAGUUUCCGCGAAGCAUCAGUGCCAACGCACGUGAUUUGCUCGCCGGUUUACUGAUGAAGCAACCAAGAGAUCGUCUCGGCGGUGGACCAAACGACGCGAAGGAAAUUAUGGUGCAUCCAUUCUUCUCCAGCAUCAACUGGACAGAUCUGGUGCAGAAGCGCAUACCACCUCCCUUCAAACCACAGGUCACGUCCGACACCGAUACCCGUUACUUCGAUUCCGAGUUCACAGGUGAAAGCGUCGAGCUAACGCCUCCCGACAACAAUGGACCGCUGGGGGCGAUCCAGGAGGAACCGCAUUUUUCACAGUUCAGUUACCAGGAUAUGGCAUCUACAUUGAAUACGCCUUCGUUUAUCAACAAUCCGAACAGCUAUGUGUCGAUGCAGUGAAACUAUCGAGCAUAAUUUGAGAUGCUGUGUACUGCAAUUGACGGGGCAGUAAACGUGACUUAUGCCUUUCGGGGUACUCAAUAUCGCUAACACUAUCCCAUGCUCGAUUCAGAAUGAGAGUGAGCGUUGCUGCCCUCACAAAGCAUUCGGAACCGUGUGGAUUUGCUACGUAAACCAGGUGGGCCUUUUCGUGUUGAUUAUUGUUUGCAGUUCGGGAGUGAUAAAGAGGACACACAGUUCAGAAUAUUUAGUUACGGUAACAGAAAUAACAAGCAGAGGUUUUGAAUAGCAAGGCAGAAGGAGCCAGUAGUUGCUUCAAUUACAGUCAAACUAGACGGACUAGUGUUUAACACAGGACAAGACAAUGGUCCUGAAAUGGACGCUCAGACCCCGCAACAAAACAAAGCCCAGCAAUAGACCGGUUUAAUUUCAGGUAACGCAGACCACAGCUACAAAAAAAAGAAACAGGUGCAAUCGCAAAGCGGUCAAAUUAACAAAUAGGACCCAGCAAUAGCCCGAAAGUUGAGCCAAUUCCGGAUUGACUCGUCAAGACCGGGGUUGGAUUAACGAACUAAUUCAUUCCAUAUACCCUCCAUUGAAUACACUACAAAUGCCACAAAACCAUUCAUACAUCAAAUAUGACAUUCAAGUGCAGUAUAACAAAAAUAUAUUAAUACAAAAAAAUACAAACCAUACCCAACCUCCCUUGCGAAUGAAAUGGCUCUUCCUUUUAAAUUAAAUUAAAACGUAAAACUAAACUUGCAAACUAAAAGUAAUAAGGCAACACGAGUAAGCUAAACUAAAGUAGAUUGAGAGAAGGAUCGAACUGUGAUAAAUUGUAGAACCAAUAUAAGAUGAAAGCGAAAGAAGCAAAUUUACAAGUGCAGUUGCAGAAAAACUAUUGAACAAAAUAGCAAGCAUACUUUUAAAUUAUUACAAAACUACGAUGUACAUCUGAACCAGAGUGUAAAAACCAACCACGCAGAAAAAGAAAAUGGGCAUUCUAUACAAAAAAAGUGGAUUUCAGUUUCGAGUCGGGAUGAAAUUACAUUACCCUAAUUACGAAUACGAAUUAACGAAUGAAAAGACGGACUUUUGUGUUCUGGAAACAUGUUGUUGUUCAUGGUAAACUAUAUAGACUAUUUUCGGACGUUGUGUUCGUGCGGAGGAUGACGAUGAAGAAUAAAAUUUGUUUGAAAAUA